AUGUAUCUGCCUCGCGAGCUCAUAUCCAAACUCUACACCCACCUCCAAGACACCCGCCACCCGCUGUCGCCUCCCGUCCUCAUACUCGUCGCGCUCGAACCCGACGCUCUAUGCGCCUGUCGCAUCCUGACCCGGCUCCUCAAACAUGACUACAUACCGCACAAGAUACACCCCGUGGCCGGCUAUGGAGACCUCGAACGCGCUGGCCAGGAGCUAGUUAGUCCCAUGAUGGAGACGCGUGGUGGGAGUGGUGGAGUUGUCGUGUGCCUCGGCGUAGGUGGUAUGGUCGAUAUGGGCACCAUCCUGGGUCUCGAAGUCGAGGGCGAAGACUCGAGCUUCAAUGGUGUUGAAGUAUGGGUGAUCGACUCCCACAGGCCGUGGAACUUGGGUAAUGUCUUUGGUGGAUAUCCCCUGGAGCCUGCUUCCGACGAAGCUGCAAGCUAUCAGGCACGAGCCCCUGAAGGUAUCACUUCAGGUCGAAUAGGUCGGUCGUACAAGCCUGGGAAGGGUGGGAUUGUGGUCUUCGACGAUGGUGAUGUAGUAGAAGGAUUGACUAUGGAACGGGACGCGUACCUGGCAUUGGUCGACAUGCCUGACAUUGAAGACGAUGGUGAGCCAUUGGGCCACAGCGAUUCCGAGAGCGAAGACGAGCCAGAAGAAGAGCUGCCACGACCAGGUCAAAAGAGGAAAUCCUGGUCCGACCGAGAUGAUGAGAGUAGUGAGGAAGAUGACGACCGACCCCGACAAAGGAGGCGAAGUAAUUCUUCUUCGUCAAUACCAGACUCACCACGCCGCCCGCCUCAACGAGGACUGGUCUCCUUACGGGAUCCUGAAAUCAUAACAUCUGAUGAUGCCGAAAACCCACCAUCGGCUGCCCAGCCUCCUAGGGGUCCGUCUGCUCGCAGGCUACGGAGAAGAUUGCUGAGGAUGCGAAGCGAGAACGAAGCCGUACUCCGGAAAUACUACCGUAUGGGAACCUCCUACUCAGAACCUAUCAGCUCAAUGAUUUACUCCCUUGCCUCCGAACUGGGUCGAGAGGACAACGACCUGCUCUGGUUGACCAUUGUUGGCGUCACCUCUAUGGAGCUUUACGGACGGUCCUCGGCCGGGCUAGCUGUGACUGUCCGCAGUUCUGACACUCGACCUACAAACGGCUGGAUGGGAGUUCCUGGCGCACGUAUACGACAGCUCCUGAGGGACGAAGUGCGACGUCUCAACCCGCCAGACAUUAGCUCGAGAACAGCAGCAGAAGGCGCAGGGAUUAUACCUACGACCGCCCGAAGUCCCGAAGACACGAGUAUUAGGCUAUCCCCUGAGCCCAAGUUCCUGCUCAUCAGGCACUGGAGUCUCUACGACAGCAUGCUACAUUCCCCUUACCUGUUCUCAAGGCUUCAUAUCUGGAGUGACAGUGGUCUGAAACGUCUACACAAGCUUCUGGCAAAGAUGGGUGUCAGCCUGGUCCAAUGCAAGCAAAGUUACACGCAUAUGGACAUGAUGGUUAAAAAGGACUUACGAACGAAGCUGCUGAAGUAUGCAACAUUGUACAACCUCGACGGCAUGGUUCCCGCUCUCGAAACGGACGGUAGGGAUCGGGCCGGUGCCAAAGAUGGGUGGGGCUUUGUUCGAAGUUGGGGCUGGCGGGCAACGCUCAGUGCACAGGAUGUUGGUGUAGUCAUUGGUGCGCUUCUCGAAGUAGGGAGACAAAGUACGGUGACUAGCGAGGAUGGACGUAUGCGGGCAAGCCAUGCUCAAGACCUGGAGGAUGAUGGUGGCGCAGCUGAGGCGCAGGAAUGGGUCAGCCGGUUUUGGGAUGCAUACGAUGCGCUUGAGAAUAUCGAUGCUCUCAAAGCUGGCCUGCCUACGGCGCAAUAUCUUCACCGCGCCAUCUUCCGAACUGGUACUUCACUUAUCGGCAAGCGACAGAUCAAACACUUGCAUGCCUUCCGCAUGUGUGUCAUCAAGGACGGACCCGACGUUCCUCUCUUCACUCACCCAGCCGCCCUUACUAAGCUAUCACUCUGGAUCGGCGAGGCGCUAGCAGAGCAGGAGAAAGAUGCUACAGGCAAGCUAGCACACGGCGGACGCGGUACACCACUGGUGGUUGCGAGCUUGAACGAAAAGCGAGGCGUAUACGUUGUUGUCGGUACUGGUGGGGGUGGUGGGCCUGACCUUGCGUUCCUAAACGGGGAGGGAGCAAAGAAGAAGCAGGCCGCCAAAGCAGCCAAAGCCAGUGAACGAGAGCUCAAGCGUAAGAACAAGGAGAAAAUCAGAGAGGAGAAACGUGCUGCAAGAGAGGCAGCAGGCGAAGACGACGAUGACUACGAGGAAGACGAGGACUCGGAGUCAGACGGCAGCGACGCGUCGGACUCGGACUCGGAAGACGAGGUCGAUGAAAGCAAGGAGCGCGGGUACGGCUUGAACAAGUUCGGUAGCGCGUUCCAGGAUGUGGUGGCCGAGACGAAUGCCCGUGUGCGAAUCGACAGCUUCGAGCACUGCGUGGUCGAAGUCCGGAAGGAAGACCUGAGUGGAUUUCUGGAGUCUCUGAGCAUGAAGGCUGUUGUGGGGUAA